GUGACCUAUGAUGACGUGCACGUGAACUUCACUGAGGAAGAGUGGGCUUUGCUGGAUCCUUCUCAGAGGAGUCUCUACAAAGGUGUGAUGCUAGAGACCUAUAGGAAUCUCACAGCUAUAGGCUACAUUUGGGAAGAACAUACUAUUGAAGACCAUUUUCAUACUUCUAGAAGUCAUGGAAGGCAUGAAAGAAGUUCUACUGGAGAGCAACCAUCUGAGUUUAUUCAGUGUGGUAAAGCCUGUGCAUAUCAGUGCCAUACUCAAAGGCACAAAAGAACACAUAAUGGAGAGAAACCCCAUGAAUGUAAACAAUGUGGUAAAGCCUUUGCAGAAAGGAGUAACCUCAAAAAUCAUAAAAGAACACAUGUAGGAAAGAGAUCCUAUGAAUGUAACCAAUGUGGUAAAGCCUUUGCCAAAAUGGGUGACCUCCGAAGGCCUAAACGAAUGCAUACAGGAGAGAAACCCUAUGAAUGUAACCAAUGUGGUAAAGCCUUUGCAGAAGUCAGUGGUCUUGGAUAUCAUAAACAAACACAUAGAGGAGAGAAACCCUAUGAAUGUAACCAAAGCCUUUGCAGUAAAGAGUUGCAUCCAAAGACAUAA